AUGCUCACCUUCCGGAAGUCGCUUUUUGCGGCCGUGUUGCUGAUCACCUUCAUCGUCUUUUUCCGAUCUUCGCAUUCCUCCCCGUCCGUGUCGCCGCCGGUGCCCGCCUCCGCCGCGAAGGCCUACGACGAUGGCCAAACAACGAAUGACCAGCCCCAGGGGCAGAAGCUGGACAGCAAUAAGCAACAACCCCUCUCCCCUCCUCCGAGCGCCCCAUUGCGCGACCGCUUGCGUUAUCAAUUUCCCUACGAUCUCAACGGCAAAUUCCCCGCAUACAUUUGGCAGACAUGGAAGUACACUCCUGAAUCGAUGUUUUUCUCGGAGGAACUGCGCGACCCCGAGGCCAGCUGGACCGAGCUCCACCCGGGGUUUGUUCAUGAGGUCAUUCCCGACGAUACCUUGCGACAUUUGAUCAAGUAUCUUUAUGGAUCGGUGCCGGACGUAUACGAGGCCUUUGAAUCCAUGCCUUUGCCUGUCCUCAAGGCCGACUUCUUCCGGUAUCUCAUUCUUCUGGCGCGGGGCGGGAUCUACAGCGACAUCGACACGACGGCUUUGAAGCCCGCGUCGGACUGGCUGCCUUCGGAGCUGGAUCUGACGACCGUCGGGGCUGUCGUCGGGAUUGAGGCGGAUCCAGACCGUCCCGACUGGCACGACUGGUAUGCGCGCCGAAUCCAGUUCUGCCAGUGGACUAUCCAGGCCAAACCGGGCCACCCGAUCUUCCGGGACAUUGUCACCUACAUCACCGAGGAGGCGCUGCGAAUGAAGAAGGCGGGAAUCCUGAAAGUCGGAAAGAUGGACAAGACGAUCAUGGAGUUCACGGGACCGGGGGCCUGGACCGACGCUGUCUUCCGGUACUUCAAUGAUCCCGAGUACUUCAACAUUGAGCCGGGUUCUACGUUGAAUGUCACUUACGAGGACUUUACCAAUUUGGAAGGGUACAAGAAGGUGGGGGACGUGGUGAUACUACCUAUUACGAGUUUCAGUCCGGGUGUGCACCAGAUGAACGCAGGAGAUAUCGACGACCCGAUGGCAUUCGUCAAACAUAAUUUCGGAGGUACAUGGAAGACCGACCCGUCUCUCUAA